GCGUGCCCUAGGAGUGCGGCGUGGACGCGCGCGGGCUUAGAGACCCACGUGACCCACAGGGCGGCCUAGGCGGGAAGCUGUGAGUGAGCGCGGUUGCGGGGUCGCGUUGCGGCUACUGCUUUGCGUCCCCGGCGGGCAGCCCCUGGCUGGUUCCCGCCUCCGCUCUCGCCACCGGCGGGAAAAGCAGCUAGUGUGGGAGGAAAGGCGCCAUCUCCCGCCCCAUCUCUCCCGCUCUUGGCCGGCCGGAUCUUUUGCCUGUCCUGUGGCCUCGCUUCCCGCCCGGAUCCUCCUGACCCUGAGAUUCGUGGGUCUCACGUCCGGUGCACGCCCUGCUUCGGCCUCAGUUAAGCCUUUGUGGGCUCCAGGUCCCCGGUGAGAUUAGAAACGUUUGCAAACAUGUCCCGGAUCGAAAAAAUGAGCAUUCUGGGCGUGCGGAGUUUUGGAAUAGAGGACAAAGAUAAGCAAAUUAUCACUUUCUUCAGCCCCCUUACAAUUUUGGUUGGACCCAAUGGGGCGGGAAAGACGACCAUCAUUGAAUGUCUAAAAUAUAUCUGUACUGGAGAUUUCCCUCCUGGAACCAAAGGAAAUACAUUUGUACAUGAUCCCAAGGUUGCUCAAGAAACAGAUGUGAGAGCCCAAAUUCGUCUGCAAUUUCGUGAUGUCAAUGGAGAACUUAUAGCUGUACAAAGAUCUAUGGUGUGUACUCAGAAAAGCAAAAAGACAGAAUUUAAAACUUUGGAAGGAGUCAUUACUAGAACAAAGCAUGGUGAAAAGGUCAGUCUAAGCUCUAAGUGUGCAGAAAUUGACCGAGAAAUGAUCAGUUCUCUUGGGGUUUCCAAGGCUGUGCUAAAUAACGUCAUUUUCUGUCAUCAAGAAGAUUCUAAUUGGCCUUUAAGUGAAGGAAAGGCUUUGAAGCAAAAGUUUGAUGAAAUUUUUUCAGCAACAAGAUACAUUAAAGCCUUGGAAACACUUCGGCAGGUACGUCAGACACAAGGUCAGAAAGUAAAAGAAUAUCAAAUGGAACUAAAAUAUCUGAAGCAAUAUAAGGAAAAAGCUUGUGAGAUUCGUGAUCAGAUUACAAGUAAGGAAGCCCAGUUAACAUCUUCAAAGGAAAUUGUCAAAUCCUAUGAGAAUGAACUUGAUCCGUUGAAGAAUCGUCUAAAAGAAAUUGAACAUAAUCUCUCUAAAAUAAUGAAACUUGACAAUGAAAUUAAAGCCUUGGAUAGCCGAAAGAAGCAAAUGGAGAAAGAUAAUAGUGAACUCGAAGAGAAAAUGGAAAAGGUUUUUCAAGGGACUGAUGAGCAACUAAAUGAUUUAUAUCACAAUCACCAGAGAACAGUAAGGGAGAAAGAAAGGAAAUUGGUAGACUGUCAUCGUGAACUGGAAAAAUUAAAUAAAGAAUCUAGGCUUCUCAAUCAAGAAAAAUCAGAACUGCUUGUUGAACAGGGUCGUCUACAGCUACAAGCAGAUCGCCAUCAAGAACAUAUCCGAGCUAGAGAUUCAUUAAUUCAGUCUUUGGCAACACAGCUAGAAUUGGAUGGCUUUGAGCGUGGACCAUUCAGUGAAAGACAGAUUAAAAAUUUUCACAAACUUGUGAAAGAGAGACAAGAAGGGGAAGCAAAAACUGCCAACCAACUGAUGAAUGACUUUGCAGAAAAAGAGACUCUGAAACAAAAACAGAUAGAUGAGAUAAGAGAUAAGAAAACUGGACUGGGAAGAAUAAUUGAGUUAAAAUCAGAAAUUCUAAAUAAGAAGCAGAAUGAGCUGAAAAACGUGAAGUAUGAAUUACAGCAGUUGGAAGGAUCUUCAGACAGGAUUCUUGAACUGGACCAGGAGCUCAUAAAAGCUUCUGUCGUCUUUCUUCACAUCUCCAUCACCAAAGAACGUGAGUUAAGCAAGGCUGAGAAAAACAGCAAUGUAGAAACCUUAAAAAUGGAAGUAAUAAGUCUUCAAAAUGAAAAAGCAGACUUAGACAGGACCCUGCGUAAACUUGACCAGGAGAUGGAGCAGUUAAACCAUCAUACAACAACACGUACCCAGAUGGAGAUGCUGACCAAAGACAAAGCUGACAAAGAUGAACAAAUCAGAAAAAUAAAAUCUAGGCACAGUGAUGAAUUAACGUCACUGUUGGGAUAUUUUCCCAACAAAAAACAGCUUGAAGACUGGCUACAUAGUAAAUCAAAAGAAAUUAAUCAGACCAGGGACAGACUUGCCAAAUUGAACAAAGAACUAGCUUCAGCUGAGCAGAAUAAAAAUCAUAUAAAUAAUGAACUAAAAAGAAAGGAAGAGCAGUUGUCCAGUUACGAAGACAAGCUGUUUGAUGUUUGUGGUAGCCAGGAUUUUGAAAGUGAUUUAGACAGGCUUAAAGAGGAAAUUGAAAAAUCAUCAAAACAGCGAGCCAUGCUGGCUGGAGCCACAGCAGUUUACUCCCAGUUCAUUACUCAGCUAACAGAUGAAAACCAGUCAUGUUGCCCCGUUUGUCAGAGAGUUUUUCAGACAGAGGCUGAAUUACAAGAAGUCAUCAGUGAUUUGCAGUCUAAACUGCGACUUGCUCCAGAUAAACUCAAAUCAACAGAAUCAGAGCUAAAAAAAAAGGAAAAGCGGCGUGAUGAAAUGCUGGGACUUGUGCCCAUGAGGCAAAGCAUAAUUGAUUUGAAGGAGAAGGAAAUACCAGAAUUAAGAAACAAAUUGCAGAAUGUCAAUAGAGACAUACAGCGCCUAAAGAAUGACAUAGAAGAACAAGAAACACUCUUGGGUACAAUAAUGCCUGAAGAAGAAAGUGCUAAAGUGUGCCUGACAGAUGUUACAAUUAUGGAGAGGUUCCAGAUGGAACUUAAAGAUGUUGAAAGAAAAAUUGCACAACAAGCAGCUAAGCUACAAGGAAUAGACUUAGAUCGAACUGUCCAACAAGUCAACCAGGAGAAACAAGAGAAACAGCACAAGUUAGACACAGUUUCUAGUAAGAUUGAAUUGAAUCGUAAGCUUAUACAGGACCAGCAGGAACAGAUUCAACAUCUAAAAAGUAUAACAAAUGAGCUAAAAUCUGAGAAACUUCAGAUAUCCACUAAUUUGCAACGUCGUCAGCAACUGGAGGAGCAGACUGUGGAAUUAUCCACUGAAGUUCAGUCUUUGUACAGAGAGAUAAAGGAUGCUAAAGAGCAGGUAAGCCCUUUGGAAACAACGUUGGAAAAGUUCCAGCAAGAAAAAGAAGAAAUAAUCAACAAAAAGAAUACAAGCAACAAAAUAGCACAGGAUAAACUGAAUGAUAUUAAAGAGAAGGUUAAAAAUAUUCAUGGUUAUAUGAAAGACAUUGAGAAUUAUAUUCAAGAUGGGAAAGACGACUAUAAGAAGCAAAAAGAAACUGAACUUAAUAAAGUAAUAGCUCAACUAAGUGAAUGCGAGAAACACAAAGAAAAGAUAAAUGAAGAUAUGAGAAUCAUGAGACAAGAUAUUGAUACACAGAAGAUACAAGAAAGGUGGCUACAGGAUAACCUUACUUUAAGAAAAAGAAAUGAGGAACUAAAAGAAGUUGAAGAAGAAAGAAAACAACAUUUGAAGGAAAUGGGUCAAAUGCAGGUUUUGCAAAUGAAAAAUGAACAUCAGAAGUUGGAAGAGAACAUAGACAAUAUAAAAAGAAAUCACAGUUUGGCAUUAGGGCGACAGAAAGGUUAUGAGGAAGAAAUUAUUCAUUUUAAGAAAGAACUUCGAGAACCACAAUUUCGGGAUGCUGAGGAAAAGUAUAGAGAAAUGAUGAUUGUUAUGAGGACAACAGAACUUGUGAACAAGGAUCUGGAUAUUUAUUAUAAGACUCUUGACCAAGCAAUAAUGAAAUUUCACAGUAUGAAAAUGGAAGAAAUCAAUAAAAUUAUUCGUGAUCUGUGGCGAAGUACCUAUCGUGGACAAGAUAUUGAAUACAUAGAAAUACGGUCUGAUGCCGAUGAAAAUGUAUCAGCUUCAGAUAAAAGGCGGAAUUAUAACUACCGAGUGGUGAUGCUGAAGGGAGACACGGCCUUGGAUAUGCGAGGACGAUGCAGUGCUGGACAAAAGGUAUUAGCCUCACUUAUCAUUCGCCUGGCCCUGGCUGAAACGUUCUGCCUCAACUGUGGCAUCAUUGCCUUGGAUGAGCCAACAACAAAUCUUGACCGAGAAAACAUUGAAUCUCUUGCACAUGCUCUGGUUGAGAUAAUAAAAAGUCGCUCGCAGCAGCGUAACUUCCAGCUUCUGGUAAUCACUCAUGAUGAAGAUUUUGUGGAGCUUUUAGGACGUUCUGAAUAUGUGGAGAAAUUCUACAGGAUUAAAAAGAACAUCGAUCAGUGCUCAGAGAUUGUGAAAUGCAGUGUUAGUUCCCUGGGAUUUAAUGUUCAUUAAAAAUAUCCAAGAUUUAAAUGCCAUAGAAAUGUAGGUCCUCAGAAAGUAUGUAAGAACAAACUGCUUAUUUCUGAUAUCAACUUAGUAAGAAAAUAUAUUCUUUCAAAGGAACAUUGUGUCUAGGAUUUUGGAUGUUGGGAGGUUCUAAAAUUAUGAAACUUGUUUCACUGAAAAUUGGACAGAUUGCCUGUUUCUGAUUCCCUGCUCUUCAUCCCAUUCCAGGCAGCUUCUGACAGGCCUUCAGGGUUCAGCAGCACAGCCGAGACUCGACUCUGUGCCUUCCUCCCCAAUGCAAAUGCAUGCUCCUUCUCAAAGCACUGUUGAGAUAAUUACUGCCUUGAAAAUUUAUGGUUUUGGUAUUUUUUUUUUAAUCAUAGUUAAAUGUUACCUCUGAAUUUAUUUCCUUGCAUGUUGUUUGAAAAACUGAGUAUUAAUAUCUGAGGAUGACUAGAAGUGGUGAGAUGUAUGUUUGACUCUGCUUUUAACUUUAUAAAUCCAAGUGACCUCUCUCUCUGGGACUUGGUUUCCCCAACUAAAAUUUGAAGUGGUUGAGUGGGGUCCCAAAGUUUGACAGUGAACCUUAAGUAAUCAUCUAAGUCAGUACCCACCACCUUCUUCCCCUACAUAUCCCUGCCAGAUGGUCAUCCAGACUCAGGGCUCUCUCUACAGAGAGGAAAUUCUCCACUGUGCACACCCACCUUUGGAAAGCUCUGACCACUUGAGGCCCGAUCUGCCCAUCGUGAAGCCUGUAACACUCCUCUGCAUCUAUCCUGUGUAGCAUCCUGGCUUCACCAUCAAUCCUGAUUCCUCUCCAAGGGGGCAUUGCCGUGUGGAAGGCAAGCCAGGCUCACUCACAAAGUCAAGGCCUGCUCCCUGUAGGGUCCAGCCAGACCUAGAAGAGCAGGCCUCGCCAUAUGCUCUUCAGAUGCCAUUUCUAAGAAAAGCCUAAUCACAGUUUUUCCUGGAAUUGCCAGCUGACAUCUUGAAUCCUUCCAUUCCACACAGAAUGCAAGCACGUCACACGUUUUUGAAUUACGCUUUGUGGAGUUCUGUUUUUCAGAGUCAGCCGGGUCUUGAUUCAGUCACGUGGCAUGGUUUUGUGCCAUCUGUAGAUAUAACGAGCAUACUGCCUAGACAGCUUUUCUCAGCUGGGUCCAGAAGAGAAUUAAGCCCUAAAGUCCUAAAGCGUCUGUGCUAGGUUAAAUAGUUGGCCCCCAAAGAUAGCCAGGUCCUGAUUUCUAGAACCCGUGACUGUUACUUUAUAUGGCAAAGGAAACUUUGCAGAUGUGAUUAAAGCUAAGGACCUUAAGACAGAGUGUCCUGGGGGUGGGGCGGGGGUGGAGGGGGGUGGUUCCUAAAUGUAAUCACAAGUAAGAUGAAGAGCACAUCAAUUCUAGUCAUAUAGUAAACAUCCACAAUAGCCAAGAUAUUUUUAUCCCAAGAAUGCGAGAUUUCAGAAAAUGAAAAAUCUGUUGAUAAAUCAUCACUAUAAUAAAAAUCUGUUGAUAAAUCAUCACUAUAAUAAAAAUCUGUUGAUAAAUCAUCACUGUAAUAAAAAUCUGUUGAUAAAUCAUCACUAUAAUAAAACCGAAGGGGAAAAAAUUCUGAAAAAUUCUAGCAGCUAUAUUUGAUAAAAUUCAACAUCUAGCUUUAGCAAACUCAGUUUUGCAAAGAAUAUUUUCUUAAUGUUAUCUGUUGCUAAAUCAAAAUUAAACAGUCAUCUUAAUUGCAAAAUAAAACAUUUCUCAGUAAAUAUUAAAGCCAGUUACCUUCUAUCAACAUGUUUCUGAAAGUGCUAGUUGUUGCAGCAAGGAAUAACAAAGGCAACACAAGACCAAUACAGGCAGUGAAACAAAAUUAUCAUUUGCAAGUUAAAACAGACUUCCCAGUUUUAAAUCUGGUUUCCCCCUGAGUAUGUGGCAUCCUUGGCAGCACUUUUGAGAGUGGCUGCUUUCGUUCAGAUAGGUGCCUUUCUGGCUUCUCAUUGCUGCUUCUAGAUCAUUCUCCAAAUAUCCCCCCUUCCCCACAUUGGAAUGAAUAGCCAUCACAGUAUGGAUGGAGGUUAGAAUGAGCCAGACUGCCUGGGCUCAAAUCCUAGCACACCACUCAUUAGCUGGGGACCUUGAGCAAGUUAUUUGUCCUCUUUGUUUCUGUUUCCUUAUAUGUAAAAGUGAGUAAAAUGGUACAUGUUUUAUAGGGUUGUUACGAAGAUUGAAUGACAUUAUUUAUAAACUGCUUAGAACUGCUUGCCACCUACUAAAUACUGUGUGAGUGUUCAAGAAAAACCUGUCUUCAUUUCA